UACAUUCAGGUUGAUGGCGAGAAGGAUGACUACAAGGGUGACGGCGGGUAGGGUGACUGUCAGGUUGAUGACGACAAUGAUAGUCUCCAGGAUGACGAAAGGUGACGACCAGCGCGGAGAGCAGGAUGACUUUGAGGAUAACUACCAGGGUGAUGACCAGCAGCAACAUCAGGGACGAUGUCGACCUACCAGGUUGAUAUCAACGAAGGAGACGAGCAGGGCGGUCACGACCAGGAUAAUGACUAUGCUGACGUCCCUGAAGAAGAACAGCGUGGGGAAGACGACGACGACGAUGGACUGGACGACUACCAGAGUCACUACCAGGGCGACUACCAAGCUGAUGACAACGACCAGGAUUACAAUGAGUGCUGUCUACGAUGUUCACCUGACUGCUCUAAAUCGGGGUUGCAGUAUCUAGCCAGGGUCAUUGACCUUACCAAAACACACUCAGUGUACCUCUUCACCUCGCCAGUGGACAAGAACUUCUAUACUGGACAAAAACUUGAAUGGACAUGAAACUUAUUUUCAGGAGAUGAGAACAUGACGAUCCAUCUCGUUGUCUAUUGGUGAUUUGCAAAGAAUUAUACAAAGACACUCUACUCUGUAUAAUAAUUGAGGAGGCUUGAUUUCAUUCCACCAGAAACCUGUAAAUUUCUCUGAUCAAAUCUUCCUUGGAAUCCUCAUUCAUCGAUGGACAUACUACGUACGAUGAUGCCUAAACAUGUUGCAGUCCGACUUUCUAUAUU